AUGGCCCUUGUCUCAGGGGACCGCAACAGGGACGCUAUUGCAUCUCGUGCCCAAGACUCCAAAAAAAAAAUAUCAACGACCACGCUUGUCUUCUCCCACACACCACCUGCCAAUUCACGCCGCGCAUCGUCCAGCUGCCACUGCCGCUACAUUAACGCUGCCACGAUGCUCGCGCAAUUGCUUCGAGCGCUUAUCCUGCCUGAUGAGGCAUCGCCGUCAUCAUCAACAGCUACAACAACCACGACAGCUCCAUCCUCCUCCUCCUCUUCUCUGCCCCCGACCACAUCGACAUCACCAGCUGCCGCCGCCCCGAAACAACAUGCCCCCCUCUCCUUACCGCCUACAACGCCCCUACAGCUACCCUCCUCGCACCAGCCCGCCAUGACCCCGCUCCAGCGCCAAAUCAAGCAGCUCUCUCUCUUCUUCGCCGGCGCCGGCUUCAUGGCCGCCUCGGUGCUCGUCACUCGUCGAGCCGUGAUCCGGCGCCAGCGCGAGUCUAUCCCGCGCUUCUUCCACGCAUCCAACGACAUGGCCGCUGCUGCCCUCGACUCGGGCGACAAGUCGAUGCUGGCCGUGCAGGCGUUUGGUCUGGCCACUCUCAAUGUCACGGCGUUUGGCGUGCUCAUGACGGGCGGCAUGGCGUGGGCUUGCGACCUCUGCUCCCUUGGCGAGCUGCGUGAGCGCACGCAGGCCGCGCUGCAUAGAGAAACCGGGCAGGGCCUGCUGAAUCCCGAAGACGAGAAGCAGGUCGAGGAGAUGAUGGAGUCGCUGAUGCAAAAGAUGGGCAUGGAAGUGCCCAAGCGAGAGGACCUACAAAAGGAGUUGAGCGCAGCGAGCAAGAGCAUCUCGGACAAGAAAUGA